AUGGAUCGCACAAGUGAGGAUAGAAAGCGCUUCUUGAUAGAAAUAAAUAUUGAAGAUUCUGGUGAUGUUGUUGAUUGUCCAAAUGAGAAGGAAGACCUUAAGCAAUACACUUAUCAGUUAUACUGCAAACGAGCUAAUGGAUAUUUAAGCGUUGAAUCAUGCCCAACUGACGAUUGCGAAUCAUUCAAAGUAGUUUGUAAAGAAAAUCGUGGAGCUGGUUACGAUCAUUUCAAAAUCACCGAUGCGAAAUCUCUAUCUAACACGAGUGUAAAUGUUCUUCGAUUGGGGUAUAAGAUUGGGGAAGACAUCGGAUAUUUUCUCGCCGGCAAGUUAGCAGAUGGAAAGGACGCUCAAAGUGUUAAAUAUGAUACAUCAAUUCGUAUGGAGGAGGUUGAACUGCUUUUUGUGUCUAAAAAAUUCUACAAGAAGGAAGAGAAAUUUCUCUCGAAUUAUUUACCACUGAUGGUCAAAUUUGUUGAUGGUGACGUAUGUCUAUUUUUAGAACGUUCCGAAAAUUAUGGUACAGAAACUAAAUGUGCCAUUUCAGUAACUUCUAGAGAUAAAUUUACUUUAGAUUACCUAGAUUGCGUUCACAGCGUACCCUACGAAUCUUCAUGCCAUCCUGUACUUUCUAAAGACCCAAGUUUUAUUUCUAGUUCUAGCACUGAAAAUCAUACUAAAAUCGAGCACCCAAAUAUUAAUGCUUAA